AUGCCAGACCUGCUGUGGCUGUGGGGAGGAGAAAUCAAGUCGGAUGGAACAACCGAGGAGAUUUUCGUCGAACUCCCGAAGCAACCAAUUCCAGAAAUGCAAGAAAUGCUGCAGAGUUUCUUGACGGCUGUGGCAUGUAUUUCGACUCCAGAGGAGCUAGAGAAAACGAAACAACACGUUCAGGAAUUCAUGGAUCCUGAUAGUCCCGGAAGACAACUGCAUGAUCGCUUUGUUAAAUUUGCCAGUGAUCCAAGUACUGAUAAUUGGUUUUCUGACAUCUUGGUAAAGAAAAAUUACUUUGGAACUCACCCAGUCAUGGAUGGCGUUCAGCCCACUGCGGUCGAGAGGGCAGCAACAGUCUCUUUAGCGGCUCUCAAAUGCAAAAAGAGCCUCGAAGCAGGAGAAAUUACGGCGGAUGUUAUCGCUGAGAACACACUGGAUAUGAACUCGUAUAACGGUCUUUUCAAUGUGUACCGGGAACCAUACCAGGGACAAGAUCGAAUCAGAAAGUUUGACGGAUACGACCAUAUUGUGGCAUUUAAGAACGGACUUGCAUUUAAGGUACCCGUGAAGGAGGUCACUUGGCACUCGCUCAAGGCUACAUUUGAGGAGAUUAUACGGACUGCCGAAGGGGAACAGUCUGGCAUACCAGCUUUGACAAUGGACAAACGUGAUAACUGGGCAGAGAUGCGUGCGUACUUGAGAUGUGUCCAUCCAGCAAAUGCGAAAUUCCUUGAGACAAUUGAGACAGCAGCGUUCACACUAUCCCUGGACGAUAACGAACCCAUAACACAAUCAGAAAGGGCAUAG